AUGCUAUCCAAGGAAUCAGGUGGUUCCACCUUCGAUCUUCCCGAUGAAGUAUUGGAAGUCUUACCUUCUGAUCCAUUCCAACAACUCGAUGUGGCCCGCAAAAUCACUUCCAUUGCUCUCUCUACACGUGUCUCCGCUCUUGAAUCCGAGUCCUCCCUUCUUCGCGCCAAACUCGCCGAGAAAGAUGACCACCUCGCCGACCUCCAGUCUCAGAUCGAGUCUCUCGAUUCUUCUCUCUCUGAGACCUCCGAUAAACUCUCCCAGGCUAACCAGGAGAAGGAGAAUUUGUUGAAAGAGAAUUCUUCGUUGUCUAACACUGUAAAGAAGCUUCAAAGAGAUGUUUCUAAGCUGGAAGUUUUUAGAAAGACACUUGUGCAGUCACUUCAAGAGGAUGAAGAAAGUUCGGCAGGAGCUGCACAGAUCAUUGCCAAGCCUACCCCAAAUGAAGAUGAUGCCACCUUGCCACCUUCAAGAUAUUCUUCAAUAGAAAGCAAGGUUUCAGAAAUGGGCAACUCAUUUGCAGAGGAUCGCGAGAUAGAUGCUCGAAGAUCUGGCAUAUCACAGAUUCUGCGGGCAUCCCAAACAAGCACACCCCGGCUUACUCCUCCAGGCUCACCUCCUAGUUUUUCUGCUUCUGUGUCUCCAACAAGGACAUCUAAAUCAGUGUCUCCAAAACGACAUUCAAUGUCAUUCUCUGUGGCAAGAAGCAUGGAUGAUAGAUCCUCUGUCUUCUCUUCUCUGCCCCCAAGCCAACAUAGUUCAAUGUCAAGUGACACCGGAUCACAAGCCGGACGAACUCGAGUUGAUGGCAAAGAAUUCUUCCGCCAAGUCAGGACCCGCUUGUCUUAUGAGCAGUUUGGUGCUUUUUUGGCAAAUGUUAAGGAAUUGAACUCCCACAGGCAAACAAAAGAAGAGACCCUAAGGAAGGCCGAGGAAAUUUUUGGUCCAGAUAACAAGGAUCUUUACACGAUAUUUGAGGGAUUGAUCUCUCGCAAUGUUCAUUGA